CACACACACACCUUGACAUACGUGACACAAUACCACUGCAUAUGUUUUACAUAUGUUAAUGUAAUUUUCUUAAAUGAGCAUUUGCACAAAGUAAUCUGUGGUACUGUAUGUCCAGCAUAGUGACUCUGCAUGUAGCGUGUUUGAGUUCACUUUCUGGGAGUUUGGCAUGUGUCUGUGUGGGUUUACUGCAGGUCUCCGAUUUCCUUAGACCUAACACGGAGGACCUGGGUUCAGAUUAGUGCUAAUGUAUGAUUUACCUCUUUUAGAAUUUUAUGACUUCACGUUAUCAGGACAGUGGCGUCAUCUAAGUAAGGGAUUUGAACUUUGUAUGUAAAGGUAGCCUAGAAUAUCCAGUUGAUCUUUUAGCGUUGCUGUACUUUUAUUUUGAAAGAAUAAAAAAAUCGACAUUGUCGUUGAGCAGAAUUUCUUUGGGAAAAGCGUCGCUAGCUUGGUUGAGGUCUUUCUGCAGACGACAGUGGCUGGUGUAGCCGUCAAGUUAGUUUAAAUUAAUAUCUAAUAUUUAUUCAUAGCUUUUAAGAAAGGUGUUUACUGAUAAAUAUGGCAACUUCAGUUAAACUUAACACUGGGGCACAAAUGCCAGUUGUCGGUCUCGGUACAUGGAAGUCACCCCCAGGUAAAGUAGCUGAAGCUGUGAAAGCUGCCAUUGCUGUGGGCUACAGGCACAUUGAUGGAGCGUUUGUGUACCAGAACGAGAAGGAGGUUGGCGAGGGUAUCCAGGCCAUGAUCAAAGAAGGCGUAGUAAAAAGAGAGGAACUUUUUGUGGUUAGCAAGCUUUGGUGCACCUUCCAUGACAAGUCAGCAGUGAAAGGAGCAUGUCAAAAGACCUUAAGUGAUUUGCAGCUGGACUACUUAGAUCUGUAUCUGAUUCACUGGCCAAUGGGCUUUCAGGCUGGAACAGAACUUUUCCCAGUAGACGGUGAAGGCUUAACUAUCAGUGACAACACCAGUUUUUUGAAUACGUGGGAGGGUAUGGAGGAGUUGGUGGAUGAGGGACUGGUUAAAGCCAUUGGCAUCUCCAACUUUAACCAUGAACAGAUUGAAGCCAUCUUAAAUAAACCAGGCCUUAAAUAUGUACCUGCCAACAACCAGAUUGAGUGCCAUCCGUAUCUGACACAGGAGAAAUUAAUCAACUUCUGUCUCUCUAAAGGCAUUACAGUGACUGCAUACAGUCCUCUGGGCUCACCAGAUAGACCGUGGGCAAAACCCGAGGACCCCUCAUUACUGGAGGACCCAAACAUAAAGGCUAUUGCUCAGAAGCACAAUAAAACCACUGCUCAGCCUACCCUUGCUGAGUUCCAGAUUCCAAUCUCAGUCGUGCUAUCAUCUAGCAAGGCAGCAACACAGACAUGAUUGGCUGUUUCCAUCGGUGGAUGUUGGGGUGAUGACCCACUGUGUACCUGAUGAGGAGCAAUUAAUGAAAUUAAUUAAAUGAAAUGAUGAAAUAAAAAGUCAUUUUAGCCUGUUAAGUAGAGGAAGAGGCUAAAGUCAAGUUAAUUAAAAAAUAACUUUGUAAAAUUAUAAUUUGUAUAAUUAAAAAAAUGUGCAGGUCCUGAUACACUUCCAAAUUCAGAGAAAUUUGAUUGUGAUCCCCAAGUCAAUUACUCCUGCCCGCAUCAAGGAAAACUU